CUAUAUCCUCGAUCUUUGCAGGCCAUAAUAGUGUGACCAAGUGGUCCAAAAUCCAAAUUCGCCAGAGAAAGGGCACAUUCCGGACACUUUCAUUGUACAUUGCUUUCUCGUUGUGAGUUUGUGACCCGUGACACCGAGACGUGUCAAAACGAGUAAACGACAGUAUCACAAGAAGAGAGAGAAGAAAGAAAAAAUCAUCAACAUAAAACAAUCUUCCAUCUGAUGCGCGAUUGUGCGAUAUGAAAAAAUAUACUAAACACGAGAGCAGAAGGUAGUUGCUGAGCAUAACGGUCACACGUAUACAGCAUACAGAGUAUUUAGUAGUUGCAAACUAGCAAGGACAAAAAAUGCCUUCUCUCCUUAACAAAGUCGACCCUGAGGGGCUCUUAGAGUACUCGGUAGUCUUCACCGACCGUGCCGUGAACCACAUGUCCGCCAACUUCCAGCAGGUAAUGAAUCAGAUCAGCACCACGCUAAAGAAGGUAUACAAUGCAGAGACAGUGGCGGUCAUCCCAGGCACAGGCACCAUCGGCAUGGAGUCUGUUGCACGUCAGUUUGCGCAGGAUAAGAAGUGUCUAGUUAUUCGCAAUGGAUGGUUUUCGUACAGAUGGACGCAGAUCUUCGACAUGGGACACAUUCCUAGUGAACAUAGCGUAUACAAAGCAUCGCGUACAGAGGACGCCCACCAGGCACCUUUCCAACCAUACAACAUCGACGAGAUCGUCGCGGUCAUCAAGAACGAGAAGCCCAGCGUUGUCUUUGCCCCUCAUGUAGAGACUUCAUGUGGUAUGAUCCUGCCCGAUGACUACAUCACAGCUGUCGCUGAGGCCACGCACAGUGUAGGAGGUAUCUUCGUGCUGGAUUGCAUUGCCUCUGGAACUGUCUGGGUAGACAUGAAGGCAACAGGUGUAGAUGUGCUUAUCUCUGCACCCCAGAAAGGAUGGAGUGGUACACCUUGUGCCGGUUUGGUGAUGAUGUCGGCACGUGCGACUGAGUUGUUGGAGACCACCACUAGCUCGAGUUUCAGCAUCGACCUCAAGAAGUGGGCACAGAUCAUGCAAGCGUACGAGAACGGAGGCCACGCAUACCACGCUACCAUGCCCACAGACGCACUGAGAUGGUUCCGGGAUGUUAUUGUAGAGACUGAGGAAUAUGGCUUCGACAAGGUGAAGGCUAAUCAGAUUGAGCUAGGUAAGCGUGUGCGUACAUUGCUUGCGUCCAAGGGCUUUAAGAGCGUUGCCGCCGAAGGGUUCGAGGCACCCGGUGUGGUAGUGUGCUAUACCGACGACGCGAGCAUCAAGAACGGAAGCAAAUUCAAGGCCGCUGGUCUGCAGAUUGCCGCAGGUGUGCCCCUUGCUUGUGAUGAGCCUGCUGACUUUCAAACGUUCCGAUUGGGUUUGUUUGGCCUGGAUAAACUCAAGAAUGUCGACCGCACGGUCUCGAAUCUCGAGGAGGCACUAAACACGUUCGCUUAGAUGGAGUGCGUGUUGUGAAGUAGGUUAUGAUAUAAAGUAUGUAUUUAUAUCAAGUGUACAAUCUGGCCGUGGUUGCGCUGUACACGUGCGAGCCAUCGCCUCUAAAUAUAUAUUGUAGCAAGGCAUGAUGAAUCAACCUACUCCCUACUUUCGAGGAUUUUUACUACGCUUAUUGUACCGGUGGGCACGCCAUAUGUACUCAGUGAUGGUUGUUUGACCUGGUGUUGAGGCCCGACCCAAGUAUUCUUGACAGCAAGUGUGUCUCGUUGUGUACGAAUGUAUUCAGCCGAGUUAUAUUCUAUUCUUGUAAACGUAAUGGUGUGAGCAAUAUCCAAAGCUGUUCGACGCUUUAAAACAACAAUGCCAUCUCAUCUCGAAACUUAUCUCUCAGACACUUAUAAUAAAGCUCGGCCAGAUGAGACCAUGUCAAUCGCUAAAGUUUAUUUCCCGG